UCCGCCUACUGAAAAAGUUUGGGAUGAUCUUCCUCCGUAUUUAGAAGGCUACUCCCCUGACCAUAUUGCCGUGAUUAUGAGUUUGCCUAAGUGUCCCUCUUUUGAUUCAGGUGAGAAUUUAGAGGAUUUGUCCGAUUUUGAAUUGGAAUCGACGGAUUUUAGGCGUAGCGACCAGUGUGAUGACAUAGCGUCAGAAGGAGCGCCUGGCUCCGAGCGAUGUGAGAUUGACGAUGAUGUCGUCAGUGAGGAUGAGGAGACUGAAAGCGAAGGGGAGGAAGUUGAAAGCGAUAGUGAGGCGGAGAUUACCCAAGUGUCCGCCCGGCGGAGCGUAGUUAUGGCAUUAGGAGUUGACGGGAGACGUUCGGGCGCUGCUGGUCGCCGCGUUCCUCGAUGUCGCACGGUGGACAUUGGUGCUUGCGACAGUGUUUUGACUAGAGAACAGUUAGCCGGCCUUCGUGUGACUUAUAGGGUACCCUCUGCGCAUAAGUUUAUUCUUCCCUCUCGGGGUCGAAGGAUCAGGGAUCCUCCUGCUGGGUGUUUUACUGUUUACACUGCCUAUUUUGAUAACGGAUUUUCCAUUCCUCCUCAUCCCCUCCUUGUCAAGGUGAUUCGGAGUUACGGUGUUUGUAUUAGCCAACUUACGCCGAAUUCGUUUAUGUGUUUCGAGGGUUGGCGACGUCGUCUAUUAGAGUUGGGUCUUCCGAUAACACUAGAAAGUUUUCAUGCCGUAUGGACCGUCCGCCGAGUGGCGGAAGUGUCUGACUCUUCUGACGAUGGGCGGUAUUUUUACUUCACUCCGCAGAAGGCUUGUAGGUUUUUGGCCGGGUUUGUCUCUUCCAAGGGGCCUUGGAAGGAAAAGUUUUUCUACGUUAGAGAUGAUGGUUGGGGCUUAGCCUCGGAGUGGAGUAGCUCGCCUAUCAAGAUCACUUACCGUAAGGAGUUUUGGAAAUUGCCUUAGGGGUUUAUGGCGGCGGGGUUGUUUAGCUGCUUGGUGGACAUCGCCCACUAUUCUCCUUCUGGUAAGAAACUCGAGAUCGACGCCGUGCGUGCCCGAAAGGCGGCGGUUAGGGAGCAAAAAAGACGUGAUCAAGAAUCAACACCGCCACAGGUGGGGAGUUCCGUGUCCGCCGCACCUCAUGGGGCCUCGACUGGCAGCGGCCAUUCUGGUUCACUCCCAACUCCUAUGGUUGGUCCUUCCCCCCCUCCAAAGAGGCAGAGAGGUGCCGCUUCAGCGGCAGAAGGCGACGCUCGUGACGCGGGCAUGAGCAAGGCGGGAGGUCCGUCGUCUUACUGGAGCCGCACCCGAGGCGUCGUGCGUGAUGAGGAUUUAAGUAGGGUGGCGGAUCUCUCAGAGGAGCAGAUGGAUGAGUUGCUAGCUGAGAACAUGGCUCGGGGUUGUGUUGUGUGUUUUUCCCAAGUAAUUCGUGUGACAUUGUAGUUUUGACUGUUUUACUUUAACUUUGCAGGCUUUGGUUGUGUCAACGGCCGCUGCGCUCGGAGAUACGACGUUUGGAGGCUGUUUUGGAGUAGCGAGAGGGCGACUUCUCCAAACUUAAGGAGGAGAGGGAUGAGGCGUUGGGGCAUGUGGCCUCUUGGGAGCGUCGCGUUGAGCGGGAGGUCUCCAGUGGGAAGAAAUUUUUGGCCUCAGCCUCCGGUGUUGCUUUUGUUUCUAAGACUCAAGAGGAGGCGGUCUCAAAGUUCCAGGAAUCGGAGGAGUUCGAGACGAUCCUGACUGAUAGGGCCGCUCCGAUCUAUGAUGAUGCCAUUCGGAGGUGCCGCCGGGUCCUUCGUCAGACCCUUCGCGAGAAGGGCCGAAUUGUUGAGGACGACAUUAGACUACUUGAUCCCGACGUGUCCGAGGGUGAAGAGGAGGUGGUAGAAGUUGCCGAUGGUUGAGCCCCCCAAGUUUUAGAGCUUCAUAGUUUCGUAGUUUUCCUAGUGAUAUGUAAUCGGAUUUUUCUGUUUUGUAUGACUUUAACUUCUUGCAUGUAAGCGACAUAUGGUAUUCGAGUUGGCCGCUUUCGCCUCGUAUGAGGCAUUUUUGUACGUGGGCGGUUCUAAUUCACGGUUAUAGUAUUGUAUGUAA